GGCUACUCUAUUAGUGAAAUAUUAGUUUGACAUUUGACAAUGACAGUUUUGACGAGACAUUUGCGGCUUUUUGGUUGUGUAGCACUUUGGUGUAAACAAAUUAAUUUAUAAAUCAGUAAAUGUUCUCCUUGUUACAUUUUCUGUAAUAACAAUGAAUGCCACUAGUUUAUAUGUUUCUACGUGUCGAUUAAUAAUCUUAGCUGACGCAGCAGAUAAGUCGUCGUGGACUGAUUUAUUUCGUUUAGUUCCUUAUUUACGACAAUCUUUAUCUUGUACAGUGUGUGGAAACUUAUUAAAAGAACCUUAUACGCCAACAAGCGCCAGUUGCCAACAUCAUGUUUGCAAAAAAUGUAAAGGUGGACGUAAAAAGCUAAAACCUUCUUGUAGUUGGUGUAAAGAUUAUGAAAGUUAUGGUGAGAACUUGCAAUUACGCAUACUCCUGCAGUGUUACAAGAAAUUGUGCGAGUAUUUCAUGGGUACGGACGUGUACAAGACGUUGCUGGACGAGGAUGAAAUUGCUGCAGGAGUUAACGGUGGCACUGUUGCCAGUUCAGGGUUAAUUGACUUAAUACAAGAAGGUGCUGGUUUUUCUGAUGACUACAAGAGCACAGCGGGUCUGUCUAAGUCGGCGUACAGCAUCCUGCCAUGCGUGUACACCAACUCAGCAGGCACACAAACCCAUGCUGCAUCAAGUUCACACAACUCGGAAAGCCGAUCAUCCAAAGGUUCACCAAACUCUAGAUCAACAUCGAAUGGGUCUCCAUUGUACUCAGUUAUGUACGCAGGCUCUGGAAAUAAAAUUACUAUUAAGAGAAAGAAUGUUGAUGACUUAGAUGCACAUGAAUCAGGGUCGAGUCGGGAAAGUAAAUCAAGCCAAUUAGGUUUUAAGAAACCCUCAAACAGGUCUCGUAGUUCAGCUAGCAGUAAGAGAAAAGGUUGUAGAUGUGGUAAUGCCACAGCCACUCCGGGCAAACUAACAUGUUGUGGGCAGCGGUGUCCGUGUUAUGUUGAGAGUAAGCCAUGCACAGAGUGCAAGUGUAAAGGAUGUAGGAAUCCUCACAGACCUGAUGGGAUGAAGGUACGGCCACAUAUACCUCAGUUAGACAAUAUACAGCUUACACUCAAUACAAAUCCUGAGACUUCACCAUCAUGUUCCGGUUCUCUGGACAGCCUAGAUACUGACACUCUCACCAUGGAAGCUAUGGAGGAAUCACUCAAUUAUUCUGCUGACUUCAAAUCUUCCAAUAUCAAAGUGUACACAAGUCAGUUACAAGAAGUGUCUCCGUCACUACCAGCCACUAUAAUGAUGGACGAAGAGUUUGCAGGCUCAGGGGAGGAGGAACUGAGUUCGCCGCAUGAGUACACACUCGCCUCCCCGACUGAUAUGCACGAUAUGAAUGACAUGCAGGAGAUGCACGAUAUGCACGAUAUGCAUGAUAUGCACGAGAUGCAGGACAUGCAUGAGAUGCACGACAUCGACGACAUGCAAGACUUGGACGAGCAGGAGCAGUCGCCGCAGUCGCCGGCGUCGCAGGACGCGAACAGCGACAUCGAGGUGGACGUAUGACACGAGCUGUCCCUCGCGAGUGACUAGGCGAGUGCCGGGUCGCGCGCGGGACGUGCGGGGCUCGCUGCUCGGCUGCGUGUCUCACUGCUGGUUACUGUUACUGCGGCAAGGCUCUAGGACGGCGCCGGCGUAUGUACCACUGUUGUAUGCUGAGAUACUAAUUAUACAUUGGUUGCCUGAAUUAAAGCUGGGAAAAUUCUUAUCUUUCAUGACUGGAAUGAUUUGUUGGGUCCAUCGAAUUUUAAUAUAAUAGACAUGUGUGUAUAGGUUUAGUAGAUACUUAAUUGAGUACUUAAAUAUCCAAAGUAUAUUGUCUGAUGUUGAGUAUGUGACAAAUUAGUUUAACUCGGUGAACAUAGACAGCAUAGUUAAUUCUAGUAUUAAUGUUCUCAGAUAAAGUUUAUCAUCUAUGGUAUGAUUGUCAUAAGAAUACUUAGUGUGACUAGCUUUUACAAUUUAGCUUGAUAGCAUUUUACUUUUUUUAAUUCUGUAAAAUAUAUUUUACUACAUUUAUAUUUAAGAAAAAUGAUCUAAAAUAUUGUAUUAUUUUGUAGAAUCGCCUGAGAACGGGCUGAAUGCAUUGAAAUUAUGUCGAUCUUACGUGAAUGUAUUAUUAUUUGUGUGUAUAUGGAAUUGUGUCAAGUGUGAGUCGUUACAUGUUGCAAGUAGAUACCAAGUUGUAUGAUAACAUAAAAUAAUGGUCUUCCCAAAGAUUUCUUUUAAAUCCGAUUUCUUUAGGAAAUGUUACUAUUGAUAGUUUGUAAAUACUUGUUUCCGACUUGUUAUUACCGUUAUAUUCACAAGUACAUGCGACCUUGCGUAUUUGAUUCCUCCAGUAAAUGUCGUUGAUUAUUGUUUCAAUGUUACUAGCAAUCAAGAUAUUUUUUAUAAUUUACAUAUGACUUUAUUACGGAUAUAAUAAUAUAGUACUUGUAAUAAAAAGACAUGAAAAUUACUAUUAAAAUUAAGAACAAAAUGAAUAUUAUGAAAUGUUUCCAUUAGUUGUCCAUAUAAUAUGAUAUGACUACAAAGUAAACUGUGAUACUGUUGUCACCUUUCAUUUAUAAAUGUCACAAUAGAAGUUUUAUAUAUUUAUGUACUAUCGAUCCUUAGAAUAAUAACGGCACUGGAGUACAAACGUUUUAUAGUUCUUACUAUAAUAUUAAUGUCUAAUAAUGUAAAGAAGCAAUUAUUAUUGUCUCAUCAAGCGAUGAAAUUAAAAAUAUUUUUUGUUAA